UCAAGGGCAGACAUGACUGCUGAGAGCUCACCAACACUCCUGCUGGCUGUCCUUGUCCUGGGCAUCUUUGGUGAUCACUGUAAGGCUCAAGAGUUACGAUGUCAGUGUAUUCAGAUGCAUUCUGAUUUUAUUUCUCCCCAAUUCAUUGAAACAUUACAGUUGAUACCUGAGGGUGUUCAGUGCAGCAGAAAAGAAGUCAUAGUCACACUGAAAAAUGGGCAAUUAGUUUGUUUGGAUCCUGAGGCCAAAUGGGUGAAGAGUCUUCUUGAAAAGGUCCACUAAUUGAUGUCACAUAAGAAACACCACAUCCAAUGAUUAAUAGGAGUCCUUUGCAUCAUCAUGAGCUUGUACAUACUCCCGAAGGUUCUCUGGAGGUGGUGCUACCUUUAUGCCAAUUAAAGACUGGAA